CAGCUAUUAAAAUAAACACAAUGAGAAGCUCCACUUCUUUAGGUUUGGGAUUGUUAUUGCUGAUUUUUAUCAUCAGUGUGUCUGAGACAGCAAAAUCUAGUGCCAAAAAUGGUCAAAGUCUUAAAAGUUGGCUUCGUUCCAUGAGGCCAAAGAGAAAUGAAAAUUCGUUGGCUUCUGAUCGUAUUUGGACGUUGGCAGACGCUCUUCCGGGUGAGCCAGGUCGUGACUAUCCGAUUUUUGCAACAGCUCCUGAAACGGGAUUUUCUUGUGAUGAUAAACAUUAUGGAUAUUAUGCUGACAUCGAAGCGCGCUGUCAAGUCUUUCAUAUCUGCGCAAAUACAGCUGGAUCGUCUAAAGGAUUUGAAUUCUUAUGCCCGAAUGGAACCCUUUUCAAUCAAAGAUUUUUCGUAUGCGAUUGGUAUAUGAACGUUGAUUGUGAAGGUAGCGAUAAAUACUUUAAUCUCAAUGAUCUUAUUGGAGAUUCAAUGAAUGGUUUUACACAUAAUGAUAUCAUGAGUACAGCUAAAGACAUGAUGAUGUUUACACGACCAUCGAAAAAUGGAUUAGGAGGUGGGGGAUCUAAUUCAGGUCCAGGUAAAGGUGAUAAACUUAAUGGCGAAGAUUCUAAUAAUCGAAGAAAUGGUGGUAGCUCAAAUAAUCGUCCCUCUGAAAAUGCUGGAGGUCCUUCAAAUGGAAAUCGUCCAUCGACAAGUGGAACAAAUGCUGGUAAUGGAAAUGUACCACUUCGUGGAAGUGCAAACUUAGCUCAACCUACAGCAGGAGGUCAACCAGGAUAUUCUGGCAAUGGUAAUCAACAAAAUGGUCCACAAGGCUCAUCUGGCAAAACUCCAUACGGAAACGGUGGUCCACAAGGUGGUUUAGGAAGUCAAGGAGGCAAAGGAGGUCAAGGUGGACAAGGUGGUAAAGGAAAUCAAGGAGGUUUAGGCAGUCAAGGCAAUGGACAAGGUACAAAGCAAGGAAGUGGACAAGGUAACCCACAACGUGGCUCACAAGCAAAUCCUCAAGGUGGUUUACAAAGUCGUCCACAAGGUAGCACACAAGCAGGUCCUCAAAAUGGUUUACAAGGCGGUCCUCAAGGUAGUUCACAAAGUUCUCCACAACCAGGUUCACCAAAUGGUCAAAAAGGAAGCCAAAAGGGAAGUCAAACAGAUCCACAAGGUGGAUUACAAGGUUCUCAAGGUAUUCCCCAAAGCGGAUCACAAAAUGGUUUAUCAGGCGGUCCUCAGCGAGGUGCAAAUACUCCAACAGUUUACGUCAACAACUUAGGACAAUUAUCAACAGACAACGGCUCAGGAUUUGAUCCAAAGCAUUCAUUCAUUUUACGUCCUGACAAAGAUUCAAAUUUCGAUCAAGACCCGAGAAUCCCAAGUAAUUCAUUUGAUAUAUUGAAAGGAAUUGAAAAUAGUUAUAGUUUUGGAUUUCCAGAUGAUAUCAACCCACCAUUGAGAGGUUCAGCUGAUCUUUCAGAACCUGUCGAUUUAUCAAUUUAUGGACCAACUGCUGGAAACCCAGCUUUAAAUGGCAAUCGUAAGCAAAUAUAUACUUAUCCACAUGAUCAAAAUGGAAUCUCUCCAGAGCAGCAAGGGCAGUUGAAUACAAAAUUAUCAGCGCAAGCUCCAAAAUAUCCGGCAGCACAAGUUUAUGGACCAGCUAUUACUCAGCCUGGUCAGUUUAGUCCUUCAUCUGGUCCAUCAUCAUCGUCAGCGCAAGGAUAUCCACAAGAAGAUUAUAGAGUUCCGUCAUCACAGCCAAUUCCUCAAACUAGUUCUCAACGUGGUCCAUCAACAUACCCAGGGUCUAAUGGAAAUACUGUAGCACAAAAUCCUAAUUAUCCUUCGACACAAAGGGGUCCCUCUCCACAAGCUGGUCAAGGAUAUCCGAGCUCACAAGGAAAUGGUGUGCCUCAAAGAACACAAUAUCCAAGUCAACAGAGAGUUCCUUCAUCACAAGGUGUACAAAAAGGACAGAGCAAUGGUCAGCGAGGUCCAGCUCCAUCAUCUCAAUCACAUCAACAAAAUCCACUCACUCAACCACAAAGAACUUCAUCAAUUCCAUCAAGUCAAUCACAAAAACCACAAAAGGCUUUGCCAUCUUCUUAUCAGCCCACACAACCUCGUGUAGACACUCCACAUAGACUGUAUCAACAACCACAUGCUCAAGGUCCAUCUUCAAUUGGACAACAGUCAUUUACACCAAACUCAAAUCAACAACAGGCUUUUAUACCAAGUUCAAAUGGACAACAGUCAUAUGCACCAAACUCAAAUCAACAACAGACGCAAAGGAGACAGUUUGAUACAAUUCCAGAUAAUAGACACUUUUAUCAAGCUCCAAAUCAUGGUGGUAAGAGCCAUGGCCCAUCACAAUCUAAUGAAGAAUAUUUGAGAGUUGUAUUAAAAGACAAAAAUCAUGUACAUAAUGAUAAUAUGCAACUUAUAGAAUUAAUUCAACGAUUCUUUGUGCCUCAACAUACAAAAACGAGAGUGGUUAGUGCAGAAGUGCAUCCAUCACAAGCUCAAGAGAGUUAUUCAUUUACGUACGAUGGAAAUGGUGCAGCAACAAAUACAAGAAAUAAUUAUCAACCAUUAAGUCAUUCGGGGUAUCAUCAGCAUUCAAACAACUGUGGACAUCAAGGCUAUUAAAAAAAGACAUUUUUUAAUAGAGCAAAUCAACACGAUAAACACGCUUCAUGCAUAGCUUAUUAUGUUAAAUGAUUGUCAAAUUACAAGCUCAUAAUUCUUCAAUAUUUCUUAUUUCAUCUCGCAUCUCUUUAAGACUAUCCACUUGGAAAAUUUAUUUAUCAUAUUUUUUUGCUAUUUGACUAUAUGGGGUUUCGAUGACUACUCGUCGGAACCAGAAGAUGAACAACAAGCAGACACGAAAAAGAAAUAAACACGAGUUUAUUAAGUUUAAAGCGAUAGUAAAUUAACAUUCGAUUAAGAUUUAAAUUUAAAUUUAAAGAAGAAAAAAAAAAGAAUUAUGACAAAUGUGUGCAAAGUUAAUAAUUUAUUAAUGCUUUUAUCAGCUGAGAAGUGAAUAUUGAACUCGUUUUCGAAUAAUUUAUGUAUGAGCACAAUGAUAGUUUUUUUAAGUUUAAGUUGAACGAGAAAAAAAAAAAUAAUCAUAAUAUUAUUGAUACGAAUAGCACACGGAUAAAAUAAACGGAAGUCGAAUAUAUGUAGAUAUACACCAGCUAUCGUGUAUACUACAACUCAUAAAGUCAACACUGACUGCCAGAGUUCAAAUAACUUCUUUUUUCUUCUACUUCAGAUGUUAAGAUUAAUAUUAAUAUUAUUUAUUGGACGUGGCGGCAUUUGAAACACAGUCGAUCUGAUGAAUAUAUCUAUAGAUAUUCGAAGAGCGUUUUGCAGAAAAUCCAUUAUACGGAGAGUAAAGAUGUUAAUUUAUUGUGAAUUAAUUAAAUUAAAUAUUUUAUAUUUGAAUUUGCAUCAUAAAAUAUAUAAUAAUAUUCUCUGUCCUAUACCAAUUUUCGUUGUUUCCAAACUCCUUCUCUUAUGAUGUUAAAAUAGGAAUAAUGAUAAAAUGUAUCCGUAAUGAGUGACUAGAACGCAUUCUUAGACAUUUCUUAAGGAGUUUAUUGAUUUUUUGACAUGCAUCGAUCAUUUAAUUGGAUUUUGAUGAUGAAACAAAUGUGGAGUGGCUUAAAACUAUAAUUUUCGGUUUAUGUCUGAUUUAUUUAUAAAGCAUUUUCAAUUUUCAGACUGUAAUGACUGACUGUUGUCAGAAAAUCAAUCCAAGUAGAUCAGCUAUAAGAUUAGAACAUCUCCAAAGUUCACUUGCCCUUAUUCGAAUCUUUCUAAUACUUUAACCUGUUGUUUUAUCGCCAAAUUACUAUGUUUGGUAUCAGACUGAAUAUGUAGGUUCUGGGAAAAAAACGUGUAACCUUUGAGCCUUUAUGAAUUCAGCAUUGCUGCAAGUUUGAUUAAAUCUUACUUUUUAAUUUUAUGAUUACGGAUGCUUAAUAUCUGACUUGUUUGACAGAUGUAAAAACAUGCAUUAAUGUAAAUCGGUUUUAGAACUCUCAAAACCAAACUUCAAACAAUUUAAAUUUAUUUUCUAAACAAAAUCCACUCCUAUCAAUACUGUUACAAAAGUCAAACCUAACCAAAAUGAUGACAGCAGCAGAUUUACCACUCCAAAAUGCGGAAAAAAGACAGUAGUAUAGUUUGAUAUACAUAAUACUCUUUGACAUAGCAUUAAAUCUUCAAUAUAAAUCCUUCUAUCACUUUUAUUAUCAAACUUUUUUUGUGUCAUAAUGUAUAUCUAAUUGAAAAACUUUUUGUGCAUGUUAUUAUACUUAAUUAUUAUUAUUACUAUUGUAUAUUAUUUUUAGAAUACAUUUAAUCACGACUACAUGGUCUGAUAUUCCUGUAAAAAUCAUUUCUUAUUUAAAAAUGAAUAAAAAAAACUUAAAGGAUGAGAAAAAUAUUCCACAA